GAGAGGGCGGGUGCAGCGCUGCGCGCCAAUCGAGGGCGCGGACGCGGUUAUUGUCACGCUGUUAAACCAAUGGGGUUGCGGAGGGGAGCGCGGUGUCUCCCUGCGGAGCGGUUGGCUUCGGUGGGGGAGCUCCUCGGGGACUGUCCGGGCAGCCUGGCCGUAAGGGGCUCCCGGACACCGGGCCGCGCCGCCGCGAUCAUGGCUAAAGGGAAGAACAUGCCCAAAGCCAGGGCGGGUGGCACGGAGGAGGCGAGCCCCGAGAACGCUGAGAGGAAGGGCUCCGGCCGCCCCAGGGCCGGCGGGGAGAAUGUGUUUAUUGGUCAAUCCAAAAUCUACAGCUACCUGAAUCCUAACAAAACUCCUGGUGCUCGCUCUCCACUUCAAGAGGAAAACUCUGUCAUGUAUCACGAGGUGAAAUGUCAGGGCAAAACAUUAAGUGAAACCUACAGGAAAGGAGAUGAAAAAAGGAAUGGUGGCAAUAUAAUUGAAGGUGCUAUGAAACCAGAAGACCAGAAGGAUAAAGGAAGUGGGUGCAAUACUUCAGUGCCCUCUGAUCAAAACCAAGAAACUGUAGAAACUCAAAAGACUCCUCUGCCUUCAGACUGUGUUGCUGAGGCCAAUGCAAAGCCAGCUCAGAAAAAGACAGUUAAAGCAAAACGUGGACCAAGGAGAAAAACACAAGGAAGACCACCAAAUCGUAAAGUGACAGAUUAUUACCCAGUUAGAAGAAGUUCCAGGAAGAGCAAAUCUGAAUUGGAGACUGAGGAGAGGAGGAAAAUAAAUGAGCUAAUUACAAGUGGGAAAGAAGAAGGAAUGAAGAUUGAUUACAUUGAUGGCAAAGGAAGAGGAGUAAUUGCUACUAAACAUUUUAAUCGAGGAGAAUUUGUAGUGGAAUAUCAUGGGGAUCUCAUAGAGAUCACUGAUGCUAAAAAAAGAGAAGCUGUUUAUGCUCAAGAUCCAUCCACUGGCUGCUAUAUGUACUAUUUUCAGUACCUCAGCAAAACGUACUGUGUUGAUGCUACAAAAGAAACUAAUCGUCUGGGAAGACUGAUUAAUCACAGCAAAUGUGGCAAUUGUCAGACUAAGCUCCAUGACAUUGAUGGUGUGCCUCAUCUCAUACUGAUAGCUUCCAGAGACAUUAAAGCAGGUGAAGAACUGUUGUACGACUAUGGAGACAGAAGCAAAGCCUCCAUUGCAGCUCAUCCGUGGCUGAAACACUAAUUCAUCUUAUUUGUGUUUUUUUUUCUGUUGUUCUGGACUGAGUGCUCUACAAGGAGUCAGUGGACAUUUUUUUUUCCCCCCCGUCAUCACUUCCCUCAGCUUUUAGUGGAUGGCUUAUGGUGUUCUGAGCUCCUUAAAAACUACCUUUUUGCUUUGCAGUAUUUAAGUAUCUAUGACAGUUUCCCAGGCAGGCUUGAAUAAUUGAUCUUAGAUUGCCAAAACUUUUGUAUCAUAAGAGGAAACCCUCCCUAAAAUUUGAAUACUUCUGCUUAGUGACCAGUGCCAGUUGAGCAUGAAGUUAAAGGCUUGCACAGAAACUUCAUCAGCUGAGUUGUGCUUCUGCUUUCACAAUGAAAUUUCUUGCUCUGCUCUGUGGCAUUAGCUUUAUGACAGCAGAUGUACUUCUGUGCUCUGAGUUUACAUCCAAUGGCUUGAUUGCUUGUCAGACUGCUCUUUACAACCCAGUGCUAACAGAGUUCUCUUGAGAUGGAUGCUACUAUCUGUCUCAAUUUGUGAUAGGAAUCUAUUUUUUCCAGUGUUGUGUCUCAUGUUGGCAAUGAACUUUAAAUGCACUGGUGCUGAGGGAAAGGAAUGGUCAAAUUGGCUGCUUUCUUCAGAGCAAUGACUCCGAGACAGAUGAGGAUGCAUUUUGACCAACUAGAGUGAUGCCAAUUAGGAAUGCAAAGACAGAACUUCACAAUGCAAAUCAAUGUUUGACAUUACUUACUUUGUAGAAUAUAAGAUGGUACCUUUUUAUAGUUGAUGGCUGAUUUUUGGAGGGGUCUCCCAGAGGAUUUUAAAGGAGUGUAAGUAAAGGCUCUCUCAAUUUUUUAUUACCUUCCUAUGCUAAUUGCCACAUCAGAAGCUAUUUAUUUACUGUGAAUGCUUGAAGUAUAGCAUAGUGGUUCCAAAAAUAGGAGUCACCUUCAUAUGCAGCUUCAAACUGUAGUGAUGGAGUUCAUGCAGUGAAGAAAGUAGAUUCCUUAUUGCCUGGCCUUGUAGGUCUGUCCAGCAUGGUGUGGUCCCACUGUCAUAAAUGGGAGUUGAGCACUUGGCAUCUCCUGGAUGUUCGUAACAUUACUGUCGGAGAACCAAAUCUGUGAUAUAGGCAGGCAAUACAAUGCAGGUCCUUUAUGUUAAAGAUGAAUUCUUACCAGUUGGAAUUUUUGCCAAGGCAGGCUUGGCAUGUGUGUAGAUGAAAAUGGCUGUGAGCCAUCAGCCACACUUGCUGCUGGAAGGCAUCAGCAAGGGAUCUGUGACUGUCAAUGUCUUCUGCUCCUCAUGUCUUGAAGGCUGCUGCUGUUACAGCUAAUGCCCUCUAGGACAAUCUUACAUGCUUGCCUAUGUGAUAGGUCAAACAGCAACAACAUCCUGGUUGUGUGCUUCAGCAGCAAGAGAGGUGGCUUAGUGAUGUAUUUUUUAAAUUAAAAACUUGAAGACAAUGUCUCUGUAAAAUAAAGACUAUAUUUAUUACUGAUGAAGUGGCUGCUAUAGUACUCCAUUGCAGAUCAUUAGCAUUUUGAAAGAAAGCUGUGAAAAUCAUUAGCUGUUAAAUGCUUUAUAUUAUUUACUACUUAACACAAGGCAAGCUCAACCGAGGCAGCCUGUGUCUUUUCACCAUUUCUGAAGAGUUAACUGGAGACCUGUUACUUUACAGGUACUGAGUUACAGGUAAGCUUUGUUGGCUGACUGAUUUGAGUUGGCACAGAUCUUUCUGUGGUCUCAGUAACAGAGACUACAGCAGUGUACAGUACCCUGUUUAACCAGAGCACUGCUCUUAGUCAAAAUUGGAAUAAAAUGCUCCUUCUGGAUUUUUUUUUUAAUUUAAAUGUUUGCUUGUUCUCUAUCAGGUCAAAGAGCUUAAAAUCUCUGUUCUUUCAGCACCACUUUCGUAAACAAGAAAAGGGGGAAGAUCUCUUCCCUGUUUUAUAUAAGAAACGUCUUCUCUGAAAUGCUUAACCGGUAAUCAAAUAGCACUGCAUCAGAAGAUGGUAAUAAAGCUGAUGUUGCACUGA